AUGGGCCGCGCAGGCAGCGGCUCACGCCUGUACACCAUAUUGAUGAGCGCGUUACACCGGGUGUGGUACCCAACAUUGAUCGAUCUCCGUGCUACCUCGCUCGCGUACGCGAUCAAGACCUGGGAGGAAUUUGGUGCCCGCGUAGGCAUCAUCGAGGCAGAGGAGAGUGCGUUUUGGGGGAACGUUUCACCGACGACGAGCGGAAUGUCUGGCCAUGCAGCAUCUGCAUCGACAACCUCUUCCCCGCUUUUCUGUAGCUGGAGGGAGUGUGGGUUCCAUGGCAAAAAUCCGCGGCAUGUUCUACAGACGUGUUCCGGAAGCUUUCUACUGCAACGAAAAAUGCCAGAAGAACGACUGGAAACGUGGGGGUCACAAGAAAGCUUGCAAGAUAAUAAAGAAUUGAUCACAGGAGUGAGAUCGGUGUGGGGAUGGCAUUGGUUGACCACGAGCGGUAGAAAGAGAGUAAAAUAA